AUCAUCUCUCUCUAUCUAUCGGCUCCAAAAAGUUUUGAGUCUUUACGAAUUCCAAAGAAGCAUGAAAAACCCUAUCCUUAUGUAGCUCUUUCGAUUUUCGUAAUCGCCAAAACUCUUCCUUUCAAUGGCGUCAACGCCGCCUCACUGGGUUACCACCACCAACAACCACCGUCCAUGGCUUCCACAGCGUCCUCGUCCCGGUCGCGCCGUUACCUCAGCUCCUCCCUCUUCUACAGCCUCUGUUUCUGCCGUCGCCUCUGUUUCUUCAGCUCAUCUGUCACAGACUACUCCAAAUUUCUCUCCUUUGCAAACCCCCAAAUCAGAUUUCUCCGGUCGUCAAUCUACCCGAUUCGUCUCCACCACCACCAAUAACCAUCGUCAGACCAGGCAAAACCCAAACUACAAUCACCGUCCGUAUGGUGUAUCUUCGUCUCCUCGUGGCUCAGCUCCUCCGCCUUCAUCUGUAGCUACUGUAGCUCCAGCUCAACUAUCACAGACUCCUAACUUUUCGCCUCUCCAAACCCCAAAAUCCGAUCUUUCAUCGGAUUUCUCGGGUCGACGAUCGACUAGAUUCGUCUCCAAGAUGCAUUUCGGGCGACCUAAGACUACAAUGGCCACUCGACAUAGCUCUGCUGCUGAAGAUGCACUUCAAAACGCUAUCGAUUUCUCUGGAGACGAUGAGAUGUUCCAUAGUCUAAUGUUGAGCUUCGAGUCAAAGCUGUGUGGCUCUGACGACUGUACCUAUAUAAUCCGUGAGUUAGGGAAUCGUGGUGAGUGCGAUAAAGCUGUUGGCUUUUAUGAGUUUGCGGUUAAACGAGAGAGGAGAAAGAACGAGCAGGGGAAGUUAGCUAGUGCUAUGAUAAGUACUCUCGGUAGAUAUGGCAAAGUAACCAUUGCUAAGAGGAUUUUUGAAACUGCUUUCUCUGGUGGAUAUGGAAACACAGUUUACGCCUUCUCGGCUCUUAUAAGUGCUUAUGGGAGAAGUGGGCUCCAUGAGGAAGCCAUUAGUGUCUUCAACUCCAUGAAAGAGUAUGGCUUGAGGCCGAAUUUGGUUACCUACAAUGCUGUGAUUGACGCUUGCGGUAAAGGCGGGAUGGAGUUUAAGCAAGUAGCCAAGUUUUUCGAUGAGAUGCAGAGGAACUGUGUGCAGCCAGAUAGAAUAACUUUCAACUCUUUGCUUGCUGUUUGCAGUAGAGGAGGGUUGUGGGAAGCAGCAAGGAAUCUGUUUGAUGAGAUGUCGAAUAGAAGGAUUGAGCAAGAUGUCUUUUCUUAUAAUACUCUUUUGGAUGCAAUUUGCAAAGGUGGGCAGAUGGACCUUGCUUUCGAAAUCCUCGCUCAGAUGCCAGCUAAGAGAAUCAUGCCUAAUGUUGUAAGUUAUAGCACAGUUAUUGAUGGGUUUGCAAAAGCCGGAAGAUUUGAUGAAGCUCUUAACUUGUUUGGUGAGAUGAGAUAUCUUAAUAUUGCAUUGGAUAGAGUUUCUUACAAUACAUUGCUUUCGAUCUAUACUAAAGUUGGUAGAUCUGAAGAAGCUUUGGAUAUUCUGAGAGAAAUGGCAUCUGUUGGGAUUAAGAAGGAUGUUGUGACUUAUAAUGCUCUUCUUGGUGGAUAUGGGAAACAAGGGAAAUAUGAUGAAGUGAAAAAAGUUUUCGCUGAGAUGAAGCGAGAGCAUGUGUUGCCUAACUUACUGACUUAUUCAACGUUGAUCGAUGGGUACUCGAAAGGAGGUUUGUAUAAAGAGGCAAUGGAGGUAUUUAGGGAGUUUAAGAGUGCCGGAUUAAGAGCUGAUGUUGUUUUGUACAGUGCAUUGAUUGAUGCAUUGUGCAAGAAUGGGUUGGUGGGUUCUGCUGUUUCUUUGAUCGAUGAGAUGACAAAGGAAGGGAUUAGUCCUAAUGUUGUAACUUAUAAUUCCAUAAUCGAUGCCUUUGGUCGUUCUGCAACAAUGGAGAGAUCAGCUGAUUAUAGCAAUGGUGGAGCCAAUGACUUAGAAGUUGGAUCUUUGCCUUUCUCUUCUUCUGCUCUGAGUGAAUUGACUGAAACAGAGGGUAAUCGGGUAAUACAGUUAUUUGGGCAGUUAACAUCUGAGGGUAAUAACCGCAUGACGAAAGAUUGUAAGGAGGGUAUGCAGGAGCUCUCCUGUAUAUUGGAAGUUUUCCGCAAAAUGCAUCAGCUGGAAAUUAAACCAAAUGUUGUAACCUUUUCAGCGAUUCUGAAUGCUUGCAGUCGGUGUAACUCAUUUGAAGAUGCAUCAAUGCUGCUAGAGGAGCUCAGGCUGUUUGAUAAUAAGGUAUAUGGUGUUGUUCAUGGACUUCUCAUGGGUCAGAGAGAGAAUGUAUGGCUCCAAGCGCAGAGCUUAUUUGACAAAGUAAAUGAAAUGGACGGUUCAACUGCUUCUGCCUUCUACAAUGCUCUAACCGACAUGCUUUGGCACUUUGGUCAGAAACGAGGUGCAGAACUGGUAGCACUUGAGGGAAGAUCUAGGCAAGUUUGGGAGAACGUGUGGUCUGAUUCUUGCUUGGACUUACACCUCAUGUCUUCUGGAGCUGCACGCGCAAUGGUCCAUGCGUGGCUACUAAACAUACGCUCCAUUGUCUAUGAAGGUCAUGAGUUACCUAAAGUCUUGAGUAUAUUGACUGGCUGGGGGAAACACAGCAAAGUGGUUGGAGACGGAGCACUAAAACGAGCGGUUGAAGUCCUUUUGAGAGGAAUGGACGCACCAUUUCACCUGUCAAAAUGCAACAUGGGACGGUUCACAUCAAGCGGUUCGGUGGUAGCAACUUGGCUGCGUGAAUCAGCUACACUCAAACUCUUAAUCCUCCAUGACCACAUAAGCACCACCAGAGCAACUACAACAAUGAAAUCAACAGACCAACAAGAACGGGAACAGACCUCGCUUACUUUGCAGCCUCUUCUUUUGUAGCUUAGUGUGUGAUGUAAAACAAAUUAUGAUGAUCAUCAAGUGUUUAGGACCAUUUGGUCCUAACAAUGUUUGCUCUGUGCUAAUAUUUUGUAACAAGCAACUCGAUUAAUUAUGUGAAUCAUGAAUCAUAUGUUUAAGCUAA